AUGGAACCCAAAUCCCAGUCUGGUUUCUAUGUGAGCAGGAAGGUGGUGUCCCUCCUUGCCCUGCUCCUGCUUGCCCUGCUGCUGGCAGUGGUUGUGCUGGCGAUUCUCUAUGCCGGAGCCAGGCUGCCUGGCAUCAAAGAGGUGCCCCCCACCGUGGGGCAGCCCCCCAGCCCGGCCCCCCAGCCCACUCCCACUGGCCGAUCUGGGGUGUGGAACCACUCCCGUUUGCCCUCCAGCCUCAUGCCCUCUCACUACCAGGUGGAGGUCUGGCCCAGGCUGGAGCCGGGGGAGGGCGGGGUGUACCUGUUCAGCGGACAGGUCAAUGUCACACUGAGAUGCCGCCUGGAGACGCGGGUGGUCCUGAUCCACAGCAAAGAGCUGAAAUACUCCGGGGUGGGGAUCAGCCCGAGAGGGGCUCCCGCCGUCCAGGACACUUGGGUUGAAGCUGUGAAUGAGUUCCUGGUGAUCGAGCUGGAGAGCGACCUGCAGCCCGGGCAGGACUACACCCUCCAGCUCAACUACAGCGGGCAGCUGGUCGAGGAGCCCACAGGACUCUACAUCAGCCACUACCUCGACCAGGGCAUCAACAAAAUUCUUGCUGUAACACAGAUGGAGCCAACACAUGCCAGAUCAGUUUUCCCCUGCUUCGAUGAACCUCAUAUGAAAGCAACCUUUGACAUUAGGCUUGUGCACCGUUCGGAGUUUGUGGCACUUUCUAACAUGCCAGCAAUUGCUGUUUCAGAAAAACUGGAAGAUGAUGGGAUAUGGAAUGUUACAACAUUUAAUACCACUGUGAAAAUGUCCACCUACAUAGUUGCACUUGCCAUUUGCGACUAUGAUUUCAUUGGCACAACUUACGGUGACACAGAGAUUCGUAUUUGGGCAAAGAAGGAAUCCAUAUUAAAUGGUGAAGCUCAGCACGCAUUGAACAUCACAGGCCCAUUACUUCAGUUCUUUGAAACAUAUUAUAAUAUAAGUUAUCCUCUCCCCAAGGCAGAUCUAAUAGCAUUGCCAGAAUUUGAAGCAAGUGCGAUGGAAAACUGGGGUCUGUUGAUGUUCAAAAAUGAUUCUCUGUUAUGUGACCCGAAGGAGAAAACCUCUGAGAAUAAAAAUGCCAUUACCUUGAUGAUUUCACAUGAGCUGGCACAUCAGUGGUUUGGAAACCUCGUCACAAUGAAGUGGUGGAAUGAUCUAUGGCUAAACGAAGGAAUUUCAUCGUAUUUCGAACAUUUAGGUAGUGCUCAUGUGGGAAAUUACUCUGAAUUGGACAACCAAUUGUUAGAACACUUGGUACCCUACAUGCUUGGCCUGGACUACGAUGCUUCCUCACACCCUGUGUCACUAAAGGAAGAAAACAUUCAGACACCUCACGACAUCAGGCAGUUAUUUGAUGAUAUCACUUACAGAAAGGGCGCUCUUGUUAUCCGCAUGGCCUCUGCGUUUCUGACUGAGGAACUGCUUGUCAAAGGGCUCAGGACCUACCUCAAGACGUUCUCCUAUUCCAAUGUUGUGUCUAAUGAUUUGUGGCAUCAUUUGCAAAUGGCUGUAGAUAGUCAGAAUGUGGUGAAGCUACCAGCACCAAUAAAAAACAUCCUUGACACUUGGAUAGUGCAAAGUGGAUUCCCUAUUGUAACAGUCAAUACAUCCACUGGAAGCCUAAUGCAGGAACAGUACAUCGACCAAUCAGACGGAAAGCAAAGCUUGAAGUGUCUGUCGCCUUGACUAUCAUUCUAUGUGAAGGCGUUAUAUAGAGCAAGUUGUUGUUGCUGGAUUCUUCAGCACCAUAUGACAUUGAUAACCAA